AUGACUACCUCGAGCUGGGAUAAGUUCUUGCUUUUGCUGUGGAAAAAUUGGAUCAUCCAGAAGCGCCACUAUGUGCAAACGGCAUUCGAAAUUACCAUACCGGUGUUGGCCUGCUCGUUGCUGAUACUGGUUCGCGGGCUGGUAACCCCAACCGUCUACACCAAACCGACCACGUUCGGCAGCUUAAACGUCCAGAGCUUAUCCAUGAUACGCGAAAUGGUGACGAACAAUCCAAUCAAUUUGAAAAUCGUCUACUCACCGCGCAAUGACGUGUUCGAACGGAUCAUCGGCCGGGCGGCCCGUAUGCUCGGCACGGACGUACUUCACCAGGGUUACAACGAUAGCGAAAGCAUGUACAAGGACCUAAUCACGAGCAACUUUCUAGCCGGUGUUGAGUUUGGCGAUCGCUUCAAGAACAUUUCGUCGCUUCCCGAUCGGCUGGAGGUUGCGCUGCGGUUUCCCAGCGAAAUGCGUACCACAAGGCUACCGGGGGCCGAGUUUUGGGCUAACUGGCGCACGUUCCUGAUAUUUCCGCAGUUCCAAGUGUACGGUGCACGCACCAUUAACGCCAGCGACGGCGGCUACCCGGCGAACUACUAUGCGGAAGGAUUCGCUUCUGUGCAGAAUGCGAUCAGUCGUGCCGUGCUGGAACUGCGUGGAUUUCGGAACGAUACAAUGCCACAUGUCGAGCUGAAGCGCUUUCCGUAUCCUGCCUUUUACGACGAUCCACUGCUGCGGGGGUUGGAAAACCUCUUUCCGUCCAUCAUUAUGGUGGCGUUCUUCUACUCGUGCAUCAACACGGUGAAAUUUAUCACGCUGGAAAAGGAACUGCAGCUGAAGGAGUCGAUGAAGGUGAUGGGUCUACGCGGAUGGAUCCACUGGGUGGCCUGGUUCGUGCGCACCCUAACGCUGUUGACCAUCUCGAUCAGCCUCAUCACCAUCCUGCUGAGCUGCAAUCUCACCACCAACACGAAGGUUGCGAUUUUUCAAUUUUCCAACCGCUUCCUCAUCUGGAUGUUCUUCUUCGUGUACGGAAUCACCACGAUCAUGCUGUGCUUCAUGAUAAGCACAUUCUUCUCGAAAGCAAACAUCGCCUCGGGAAUAGCCGGUAUUGUGUGGUUCUACUCGUUGACGCCGUUCCAGCUAACGUUCGGCAACUACGACCGCAUGUCGCUCGGGGCAAAGCUGGGCUCAAGCCUUUGGAGCAACACGGCGAUGGGCUACGGGAUCAUGCUGUUCAUGAAGCACGAAGGCACCUCCAUUGGGUUGCAGUGGGAAAACCUCUUUUCACCGGUCACCGUUGACGACCGGCUGACGAUGGCGCACGUGCUCGGAAUGUUACUGAUCGAUGCGGGUGUCUAUCUUGCCGUCGCGCUGUACGUCGAACAAAUUGCUCCCGGGAAGUUUGGUGUGCCACGGAGGUGGAAUUUUUUCCUCACCCGUCGCUUCUGGAAGGAGGAAGUUUUGGGUGGACUGCUGGCAUCGGCACCGUUGAUCGAAGCGAAUGGGCUGAAUGCGGAGCGAGAAAGCCUGAAGCAGCAGCAUCAACGUUAUGCCUCGAACAUGGAAGAUGAAGGGGGCCCGUCGGAGAAAACGGUCGGCAUUGGAACGGUCGGCCUGACGAAGAUAUUCGGCAAAGGGCGUCCGGCCGUGUGUGAGCUGACGGUGAAUUUCUACCGUGACGAUAUCACGGUCCUUCUGGGUCACAAUGGGGCGGGAAAGACGACCACCAUGGCCAUGCUGACGGGAAUGUAUCCGCCGACAGCUGGGUACGCCACGGUCGACGGCCACCGGAUUGAAGGUGCGACGGUGGACCAGUUUCGCAACACGCUCGGCUUCUGUCCGCAGCACAACGUGCUGUUCAACGAGCUAACCGUAGCGGAGCACAUACGCUUCUUCGCCAAACUGAAGGGCGUCUGGAGUGAGGCGGAAAUCGAGGCGGAAAUUACGAAAUACCUGCGUGCGCUCAAGCUGGAGGACAAGCGGGACGCCCAGUCGCACACACUGUCCGGUGGUAUGAAGCGGAAGUUGUCGCUCGCGGUGGCACUUUGUGGUGGCUCGAGGGUGGUGUUCUGCGACGAACCGACGUCCGGGAUGGAUCCGGGUGCGCGGCGAACCGUUUGGGAGUUACUGCAGCAGGAAAAACGCACCCGUACCAUCAUCCUCUCGACGCACUUCAUGGACGAGGCGGAUGUGCUGGGUGAUCGAAUAGCGGUGAUAUGCGACGGAGAGCUGCGGGCGGUCGGUACUCCGUUCUUUCUGAAGAAACGCUUCGGUGCAGGCUACCGAUUGAUUUGCGUGAAGGAACCAAACUGCCAGCCGGAGCUACUGACGGAACUGUUGCGACGCUUCGUGCCGGAUGUGACCGUCGAGUCGGAUAUUGGGACGGAACUAAGCUAUCGGUUGCGGGAACAAUAUCGACCCAUGUUUCAGACCGCGCUUGAGGAGUUGGAAAAUAACGUGACACGGUGUGGCAUCUCAAGCUAUGGAAUUGCUCUCUCCACGAUGGAGGAAGUAUUUAUGCGCUUGGGAAGUGACGAAAGCAAUCUGUACGAGGAUGGUAAAUGGGAAAAUGGUACACAUACCAAGUCAGAACAACACGCCAAUGGAACGGGAGGAGGACACGCUCUGCCACCGAUUACGAUCACCGAAAGCUACGAAUUGCAAACCGGCCCUCAGCUACUCAUCAGUCAAAUCAGCGCAAUGAUGAGCAAAAAGUUCCUCUGCUUCAUACGCAGCUGGAAGAUUUCCGUCCUGCAGGUGCUCCUGCCGAUGAUUUUUGUCCUGCUGGUUAUCGCCAUCGUUCGAUUUUUCCCCAACAACGUCGUACUGCCUCCGCUCGAGAUAAAGCUGGAUAGUUACGAGCGAACCAACACGAUCCUGUCGACAAACGAUCGUAAUGCAUCCAUUGUAAAGGCGUAUAACGAAACGAUCGCAGGUGCGUUCACUACCGGAUCCCAUGGACUCAUCAUAACGGAGAAGAACUUCACCGAGUUUCUCCUGGAGAAGUCGGUGGAAAAUAUUCGAUCCGUCGAUAACACCUUCAUGAUUGGUUCCACGCUGGACGUCCCGGGGCGUAACUAUACGGCCUGGUUCAACAACAAAGCGUACCAUACGGCACCACUCGCGCUGAGUGUGCUGUACAAUGCCAUCGAACGAACCGUGUGCGCCAAUUGCAGUCUCACCGUGACGAACAAACCGCUCCCGUACAGUACGCACAUACGCUUCCUGCGCACUCAAUCCGGCAGCAACCUGGGCUUCCAGCUGGCCUUCAACACCGGCUUCGCGAUGGCAUUCGUGGGCGCUCUCUACAUCCUUUUCUACGUGCGCGAGCGGGCGUCCGGUUCGAAGCUACUGCAGUUCGUCAGCGGCGUCGAUGCGCUCACCUUCUGGGGUGUUUCGUUCGUGUGGGACUUUGCGGUGUACUGUGUCGCGAUGGCCCUGUACCUGGGGACGCUGGCGUCGUUCGAAGAGGAGGGCUGGUCUACGCCGACCGAGCUCGGUCGGGUGGCGCUUGUGUUCGUCUGCUUCGGCCUGGCCGUCAUUCCAUUCACGUACCUCGGGGCGCACUGUUUCGAUGUACCAUCGACCGGGUUCAUCAAGAUGCUCAUUUUCAACAUAUUCACCGGGACGGUCAUGUUUACCGCGGUGUUCUUGCUCAAGGUGAAGGACUUCGAUCUGCGGCACGUCGCGGAAACGAUGGAGUGGAUCUAUAUGGUGUUUCCUCUGUUCGCACUCAGUCACAGCCUGAACAACAUCAACCUGAUGGAAACGACGCGGCAGAUUUGCGAUGCCUACUGCGAUGCAACACCAUUCUGUUCCCCGCAGUUGGUUUGUAAAUUCAACGAGCUCUGUUGUGAUGUUGACAUUUUUUCCUUCAACCCACGAGGAAUCAGCCGCAAUCUGGUGUAUAUGCUCGGUGUGGCGGUGCUUUGUUUCACAACGUUGCUGCUGAAAGAAUAUCGCGUAGUUUCCAGCCUGAACGUGCUAGCAUCUCUUAAAUCGGUUGCAUUGAAGUUGCGACCCCGAACCGAUCCGAGCACGUCCUCAGACGAAACGGAAGUAAUUGCCAUCGGUGAGGACACGGACGUGGCGGAUGAACGAACUCGCGUCGAACAGUUCUACAACGACGGAACGUAUCGGAACGCUUCCGGACCGACACUGCUGAUGCUGCGCGAUCUUUCCAAAUGCUACGGCAGGGCCACGAAGGAAGUGCGAGCGGUCGACCGACUGACGUUCGCCGUCGGCGAGCGGGAAUGUUUCGGGCUGCUCGGAGUGAAUGGUGCCGGGAAAACGUCCACCUUCCGCAUGCUUACCGGUGACCGAAGCAUCACUUCCGGCAACGCUUGGGUGGCUGGAAACAGUCUGAGCACGCAGCUUCCGGCGGUAUACCGGCGGAUCGGGUACUGUCCACAGUUUGACGCCCUGCUGGAGGAUCUUACGGGCAGCGAAACGCUACGUAUCUUUGCCCAGCUACGCGGCAUUCCCACCAGCUCCAUUUCGUCCACCAUCGAGCGGCUUGCGGUUGAGCUGAACUUCGCCAAGCAUCUGCACAAACGCGUCCAGGCGUACAGUGGGGGCAACCGGCGGAAGCUAAGUACCGCCCUAGCGCUGCUCGGCGAACCUGCCGUGGUAUACCUGGACGAACCGACCACGGGAAUGGAUCCCGGUGCGAAGCGACACUUCUGGAAUGUGAUGUGUCGCGUGCGUGCCGAAGGACAAACCGCACUCGUACUCACGUCGCACAGCAUGGAGGAGUGUGAGGCGCUCUGCACGCGCCUAGCUAUCAUGGUGAACGGGGAGUUGCGCUGCCUCGGGUCGGCACAGCAUCUGAAGAACAAAUUCUCGAACGGUUACUUCCUCACGUUAAAACUGAAACGUGCCAACACCAAGCAGUUGGCCGACCGGAACAAGCAGGAGGUGAUACGAUUCAUUCAGGAAACGUUCACAAACCAAACACCUGCUGGCUGCUGCGAAGACGGUGGUGUGGUUCUGAAAGAAGAGUAUCAAAAUUACCUCACCUAUCACAUCACGGACACGGGCCGUCGGUGGUCGGAAAUGUUCGGUGUGCUGGAGCGGGCCAGGGAGCAACUGCACCUCGAAGAUUACGCCCUCGGCCAGACGUCGCUGGAGCAAGUAUUCCUCACGCUGACUGCCACACAGCGUGACAGCACUAACUAGGAACUCGUUGUCGUGAAUCUCAAAGCGGCACAACACACUGAACAGCCAACAGCCUUCCCUUUCCUCGGCUUGUGGGAGAUUUUGCACACGUUGCGCUCCCUUUCUCUUGUUGCUGCAAACGAAAUUACGGGUUUUAUCGUAGUAUGUAGGACGGCCGCUGAAAGCCAUCACCC